CUUCGCAUCCUCGCAAUAUUCCCGGUUUUCAUGAUAUCCAUCGCCUCCCUACUCGCUGUACUUUGCGUUUCCGCGGGCAAGAAGCCAGGCAUGAUGGACGACUACGCCCUUUUUGCCCUUGACGUCUCAAGGAUCGGCGAAGAUAUGCUACAGAAUCUGGACGCCAAGAUCAGCUCGGUCAACGCCGCGUCAAACGCUGUUGGCGUCGUGGAGACCAAGGUCAUCCAGGUCGUCAACAACGCUUACCACGGCCUGAUCUCUGACCUGCAGCUUAACGACUUUUACGCAAUCCAUGUCAGCAGCUCUUGCGUCGGCACGUACGUCUACGAGAAUGGAACGAACGUCACGGUCGGCGAUGGCGGCUUGCCUACGUCAAAUGGCAAAUACGGCGUGCACAAGCGUGUCGACAGCUGCAGCACACAUUCCGCGAUUGACCCUAUGAGCCUGAUCAAGAUACUCUACUGGAUAGGUAUUAUCUUUACGGGUGUUGCACUCAUAUUCGGCAUAACAGGCCUAGUGCUGCUACCAACGGGCCGUGGUCGCAAGCUCGCAGUGUUCAACAUCAUCGCGACUUUGUUUGCGUUCAUCUUCAUCGGGUUGGCGUCGGCGGUGACACAUGGCCUUGCACUCGGUGCUACCAAGUUUAUCAACUUCGUUGGUGAGUCCAUCGGGAUUGCAGGAUAUCUUGGCAGUCGGUUCAUGGCCAUGACGUGGGCUACGACGGUCCUACUCUUGAUCAACAUGCUAUUAUGG